AGAGACCGCUAGUCAAAGCUUUUUAAUUUUCAAAACCGGCCUACGCCGCCUGCAUCUCUCUCUCUCUCUAAAAUAUUCAAACCCGAGUUCGCUUGCCAUUACAGUGAACUGGCUUCUCAAUCAUUAUUAUACUUUUUAAAUUUGGCAGGAACUCGUCGCUUGUUGCUCUCAUUUCCAGUAUAAAUAGAUCCCCAUUACGCUUCACAAAUUUUUGGAUUAUAUUUUAAUACAGCUUUGACAUUUUUGUUUCCCAUUUUACUCUUUUCCUCUCUCCCUCGUCUCUCUCUUUGGCUUCUCUUGGAAAAUUCAAGCGAUCUGAGCUUUGAUUCUACCUUAAGGGAAAAUGACAGAACCUAGACUGAAGGCACCCUUAAUCUCGCCUUCAUCGUUGAAGCUUCCCGAUUAUAAGAAUUCAGUGAAGUUAAAAUAUGUUAAGCUUGGUUAUCAUUAUCUCAUGACUCAUGGAAUGUUCCUCUUUCUUUCCCCUCUUGUAGUCCUAUUUGCCGCACAAAUCUCGACAUUCUCUCUCCAAGAUCUUUAUGAUCUUUGGGAUAAUCUUCAAUAUAACCUAAUCUCUGUAGUGCUCUGCUCAACACUUCUAGUGUUUGUAUCCACCAUUUACUACGUCACUCGUCCUCGCCCUGUAUACCUUGUUGACUUCUCAUGCUACAAGCCUGAUGAAGCUCAAAGAUUUUCAAAAAAGAUGUUUAUGGAUCAAUCUCGAUUAAUUGGUGCAUUUACGGAGGAAAAUCUUGAGUUCCAGCGUAAGAUUGUUGAAAGAUCUGGGCUUGGGGAUUCUACUUACCUUCCUGAGGCUAUCACCAAUGUACCUCCAAAUCCAUCAAUGAAAGAAGCUAGAAAGGAAGCCGAGACUGUAAUGUAUGGUGCAAUUGAUGAGCUUUUUGCCAAGACAUCUGUCAAACCCAAAGAUAUUGGGAUCUUGGUAGUGAAUUGUAGCUUGUUCAAUCCAACCCCAUCUUUAUCUGCCAUGGUCAUCAACCAUUACAAGCUCAGGGGAAACAUAGAAAGCUACAAUUUAGGUGGCAUGGGUUGCAGCGCGGGUUUAAUAUCGAUAGAUCUUGCUCAAAAACUUCUUCAGGUCCAUCCCAACUCGUACGCUUUAGUUAUCAGCAUGGAGAACAUCACUUUGAACUGGUACUUUGGGAAUGAUAGAUCGAAGCUUGUUUCAAAUUGCUUAUUUCGAAUGGGAGGUGCUGCGAUACUGCUUUCUAACAAACGCUCCGACAGAAGAAGAUCCAAAUAUCAAUUGGUGCACGCUGUCAGGACCCACAAGGGUGCCGAUGAUAAAUGCUUUGCCUGCGUGACACAAGAAGAGGACUCCGAUGGGAACAUUGGGGUUUCUUUGUCGAAGGAGCUAAUGGCAGUCGCUGGUGAUGCUUUAAAGACCAACAUCACUACAUUGGGGCCUCUUGUUCUGCCGAUGUCUGAACAGUUGCUUUUCUUUGCUACCUUAGUCGGGAGAAAACUUUUCAAGAUGAAGAAUGUGAAGCCUUACAUUCCCAAUUUCAAACUAGCUUUUGAACAUUUCUGCAUUCAUGCUGGAGGACGAGCUGUUUUGGAUGAAUUGGAGAAGAACUUGCAGCUUUCUGAUUGGCAUAUGGAGCCGUCCCGGAUGACACUUUAUCGAUUCGGGAACACUUCAAGCAGUUCCUUGUGGUAUGAACUGGCAUAUUCAGAAGCCAAGGGAAGGGUGAAGAAGGGAGAUAGAAUAUGGCAAAUAGCAUUUGGUUCAGGGUUUAAGUGUAACAGCUCUGUGUGGAAGGCUUUAAGGACUGUUAGGGCAACAAAGGGGAAUAACCCAUGGAUGGAUGAGAUUGAUCAGUUCCCAGUGGAUGUUCCAAAGGUAUCAGCCAUUUGAACUCCAUAACUACAACUUUUCAUUCAUUUGAACAUCCAUAUUUUAGUGGUGGGAGUCGGCUAUUUCUAAUCGGGUGGAGGUGGGGAAUGAUUGUUGGGAUUUACUAUUUUUGCUUUCCGUUUGAAGAAUUGUCCGAAUGUAAGCUAUAAUGCACACGGUGGUAGCUUCAGGAAGAGAGCUAGCCUGGUUGCAUCUGAUAUAUCAAUAGGGUUAGGAGUAGUCCACAGGGUGUUUCUCCUUUCCUUUUAGAAAUGCCCUGAAGUGUCUUAAUCUAAAGAUUGAAUGUCAAAUUUUAGCUCCUAAAUUAUUUUGAAAACUUUCCUAAAUUUAUAAUAUAAAUUCAUUUUCGUUUCAGAA